GGAAACGGAAAAACUCCCAGUUCGUGACGGAGACACCGAGGCCAGCGCCAUCCACCCGCUCCCCUCCGCGCCCGGCCGCACCGCUCCCCUCCGCUCGGCCUUCAUCUCCCCACAGCCGCAAGCGACGGGCGUCAUAUCCCAUCCUGAUCUCUCCUCCCUUCUUCAGUGCAGCAGCAGGCCAGCGGCACGCCACCCGCCUCACUCCCGCCUCCGAUCCGCUGCUUACUCGCCACCCGGAGAUGGCCACCGCCGCCGCCUUCUCUGUCUCCUCGCCGGCGGCCUCCGCCGUCGCCGCGCGAUCCAAGGUGUUUGGAGGAGUUAACCAGGCGAGAACUAGAACUGGCUGCCGCGUCGGCAUCACGCGGAAGAACUUUGGCCGUGUCAUGAUGGCCCUUGCAGUGGAUGUUUCUCGUUUUGAAGGAGUGCCAAUGGCUCCUCCAGACCCAAUUCUUGGGGUUUCUGAGGCCUUUAAAGCAGAUAAAAGCGAGCUGAAGCUCAAUCUUGGUGUUGGUGCCUAUAGGACAGAAGAGCUGCAGCCCUACGUGCUCAAUGUAGUCAAGAAGGCUGAAAAUCUUAUGUUGGAGAAAGGAGAAAACAAAGAGUAUCUUCCCAUUGAAGGUUUAGCCGCGUUUAACAAAGCAACAGCAGAGCUAUUGCUUGGAGCUGAUAACCCUGUUAUUAAUCAAGGACUGGUUGCUACACUUCAGUCUCUCUCGGGCACUGGAUCACUGCGUCUCGCUGCAGCAUUCAUACAAAGAUACUUUCCUGAAGCUAAAGUGCUGAUAUCGUCGCCUACCUGGGGUAACCACAAGAAUAUCUUCAAUGAUGCUAGGGUACCUUGGUCAGAGUACCGGUAUUAUGACCCCAAGACUGUUGGGUUGGAUUUUGAGGGAAUGAUAGCUGACAUUGAGGCUGCUCCUGAAGGUUCUUUUGUUCUGCUACAUGGUUGUGCUCACAACCCAACUGGAAUAGACCCAACUCCUGAACAGUGGGAGAAAAUUGCAGAUGUCAUUCAAGAGAAAAAGCAUAUGCCAUUCUUUGAUGUUGCAUAUCAGGGUUUUGCCAGUGGAAGCCUUGAUGAAGAUGCAUUUUCUGUCAGGCUUUUUGUUAAGCGUGGCAUGGAAGUGUUUGUUGCACAAUCUUACAGCAAGAACCUUGGUUUAUAUUCUGAAAGGGUUGGUGCAAUAAAUGUCGUGUGCUCAGCACCAGAAGUUGCAGAUAGGGUAAAGAGCCAGCUGAAACGAUUGGCACGUCCCAUGUACUCGAACCCCCCUAUUCACGGUGCCAAGAUAGUUGCCAACGUUGUUGGUGAUCCAACCAUGUUUGGUGAAUGGAAACAAGAGAUGGAGCUAAUGGCUGGACGGAUCAAGAAUGUAAGACAGAAGCUCUACGACAGUUUGUCUGCCAAGGACAAGAGCGGCAAGGACUGGUCUUUCAUUCUGAGGCAGAUUGGCAUGUUCUCCUACACCGGCUUGAACAAAGCGCAGAGUGACAACAUGACGGAUAAAUGGCAUAUUUACAUGACCAAGGAUGGGCGGAUCUCGUUAGCUGGGCUGUCCCUGGCUAAGUGUGAUUAUCUUGCCGACGCCAUCAUCGAUUCCUUCCAUAAUGUGAACUAGGCUGAGGUACGAUAGUUGAGGGUCAAGCUAUUGAUGUUUAGUUCCGUGGACGCUAGGCUGGGAUUUUUGGGUCCUUCCAGCUAUACAGCUCUUCCGUUGUGCUCCAUCUGGUGUAACUUGGAUAAAUAAAAAUUUUGUCGCUGAACUAAAACUCGUGUGCUUUUUUACCUGUAACUGUAAGGUCAGCGCGUGGCUACAGACUUGUAAACACUUGAAUGGAAAAAAAACAAUGACAUUACCGG